AGCUAAAGUGGAAUAUCUGAAUACUAAAGAACAACUUGAGUCCCACUACGAGAUCGAACGCUGCUUCAACAAGUUUGAUGAAGAUAAAUCAGGAACCCUUGACUUUUCUGAAAUAGAAGAGAUGUUCAAAAGUGUUGGAAUAUACAUCAACAGAAGGUAAUGCACCCAAAUAAUUCCCUAGAGAACUCCAUGAUAUCUUUGGGUCAUGUCUCCCACACAGAAAAGAUCAGUUAGAUUUUAAAGAGUUCAAGCAGUUUAUCCUCUCAGAAGAUGGUAACAAAGCCUUUAGGAAAAUUAUCAAGAAAUAAGACAAAUACGAAUGAUAUCAACAAACGUAUUAGUGAAGGUGAUCUCAAAGCUGAAAACUUCUUUAAGCCAUAUGACUUCAAAUCGUUGCUAGAGUUUGUAGACCUAAAAAUUCAGAGGGAGAGCGCACUUAAAAAGAUCUUCACCGAUGAUGCUAAGAACACUGAUUGCAACUUCCGAAAGCUCUUUGAGCUCAACCAGAUGAACCAAAAGAAUAUCAACUAAUAUUAGAAACAAGUUUCUACAAAUUUUGAUUCAGAAACGGUCCGAACAGAGAGUGUCAAAAAUAGAGGCGCCAAAAUCUCAGACCAGAGAACUAAACUUAAAAGCACUCAGGACCUUCUUAAAAAUUCCUAACAAAGAAUUUCUAAAGAAAGAGGCCAAGAAGAUAUCAAACAUCAUAAAGCUGUCCAAAAAGAGAGGCAGGGAGCUUGCCAAAAAGGAAUGGGAAAAUAUCUGCCAGACAAAAUCAAGAUCGAACUCUAGAUAUGAAAAGAGUAUUUCCAAGAUCAAGAACUCCAGAUACAACAUUAUCCAGCAACAUUUAAAAAUCAAAUCCAGAUCAAUAGAUUGAUAUAAGAAACUUAACCAAAAAAUUAGCAAGAAAGCAAAGAGGAAAGAAAAUAAAUAUAAAGGCAAUGAAAUAAAAAUAUAUGAAAAUAUAUCUCAGCAUGAAAUGCCUGAAUUGUCAAGAUGAUUGGCACCAAAAAGAUCAAUAUUUAAUGUGGACAUUUUAAAAAUGUCUCCUGGAUUGUCACUAGAUCCUGUUGAUCGGUCCUUCAAACUUUCUUUCACCUCAGAACCUGCUCACCUUUCCUCAAGCAUGUCCAACGCCCACACUAAUCUCACUGUCUCCAACUCUCAGACCCUCGCCAAAGGUGAUCCUUCUCGCUUCAAAGUCAGACUCAGUGGUGGUCUCAAGGUCAACUCCAGCUAUGACGGAGGCUCCACCAGACACGAAGCCGUGACUGUUCUGGCCAAACCUAGAAAGCGCAGCCGCGACUGGGGCCUGCCGAGUGGCCAGAGUGAAGGACUCUCCAGUGGAGUAAUCAGAGCCAGGCAGCUAACUCACGAGUCUCUGAGCGGAGGCAGGAUCCCUCAGACAUAUCUGACCAAUGCAUCAGUGGCGACUGGAGCCAGUGCGUGAGUGUACACUUAGCCUAGAGAAAUUGAGCUCAGAAAGGGAUGAAUCCAGAUUGAGACCCGAAUUAUC